AGGAAGUGUGCGCUCUGAAUAGUACGUCCAAAUUAAUGCACACUACUGAUAUUUACUCAAAAGUGUGACGAAUUUAAGUAUACUUUUUAGUAUAUUAUGUUUAGUAUGGCAUUUCGGAUGCACCGAUGGUCUUGUGAAUGUGGAUCACAAUUUUAUCUGUAAAAGGGUUUUAAAUGGUCCUUUAACCCUGCCUUUUGAAAGUGGUUCCCCCAAAAGCUAAACACGGCCGAGUACAUACCGAAAUAAAGUAUUUAAAUACAGUUAUAAAUAACUGAUCCAACAAAAUGUUUAUAUUUUGAAACCAAGACCAGGAAAAGAGAGAGACAAUAUUCCCACGGAACAAAAAAUGUAUUCACUUUUUUUCACCGGAGACAUUUGGUGUAACACCCGGCGGAAGUGAACAGGGGGCGUCAGAGCAUCACGUAUGUUUUGAAUAGUUUUUCACUUUUAUUGUGUUUUCCGUGGUCUGAUCUGGAUAUCGUGGUGUUUCCAGUGAGGAUGAGUUCGUCUGGGUCUCUGAGAGAGUUCAUCAGUCAGCGACUAACUGCUGCUGCUGAAGAAAUAUUCACAGAGUUUGAAAAAACCAUCGUCCAGUACGAAGAAGAGAUCGACCGACAGAGAAGACUGCUGGACAUCACCUGGAAACCGGAGAUUAAACUACACAGAACAGCAUUUGGCCGCCCACUGAAGAGGCUUCGUUGUCAGCGACUAACUGCUGCUGCUGAAGAAAUGUUCACAGAGUUUGAAAAAACCAUCGUCCAGUACGAAGAAGAGAUUGACCGACAGAGAAGACUGCUGGACAUCACCUGGAAACCGGAGAUUAAACUACACAGAACAGAACUCCAGCAUCAUUUCAUCCGGGUUGCUAAUGAGGUUCUUCCUGGCCAGCAGCUCUGUAACCAGGACAGGAACCUCAGACUGGACCAGAAGGAACCAGAUCCUCCACAGGUUAAGGAGGAAAUGAAGGAUGCUUCAGUUCAGGUUGAACUGAAGCAGGAGAUUGAUGUCAUCAUGGUGACUCCAACUUCUGGUGAAAGUGGCCACAGUGAACCAGAACCAAACAUGGAUCAGGUCCAACUUCAGAACUCUCCAGUAACUGGGAAACUGGAUCAGCAAGAAACAAAGUACGAACAAUCAACUAGAAAUGAAGAUGCCGGUACAGAUAUGGACAACUCUCCCAUGCCGGAGAGUCGUGGUGACUCUGAUGCAGAACUCCAACAUGAUUUCAUCCGGGUUGCUAAUGAGGUUCUUCCUGGCCAGCAGCUCUGUAACCAGGACAGGAACCUCAGAUUGGACCAGAAGGAACCAGAUCCUCCACAGGUUAAGGAGGAAAUGAAGGAUGGUCAGGUUGAACUGAAGCAGGAGACUGAUGUCGUCAUGGUGACUCCAACUACUGGUGUAAGUGGCCACAGUGAACCAGAACCAAACAUGGAUCAGGUCCAACUUCAGAAGCCUCCAGUAACUGGGAAACUGAAUCAGCAAGAAACAAAGUACCAACAAUCAAGUGACUUGACCUGCAAAUUUUGUGGUAAAAAAUGCCUCAGAAAUUCCCACUUGGUGGAACACACUCGGAUCCACACAGGAGAGAAGCCGUAUUCCUGUCAGAUCUGCGGUAAAAGAUUCGCCAGCAGCGGCAACAUGAAGUCUCACGUGAGCAGCCAUUCUGGAUUCAGGCCCGUGUGUCCGAACUGUGGUAAAUCUUUUGGACAACUGUCUGCUUUGAAAGCCCACAUGAUCAAGUCCUGCAAGCCACAAUUCCCCGACAAUUUAACAUGGAGCGCACUUGGAGCGGAGCCAGAGACGGAUUAAAAAAAGUGUUUCCAUUAAACUUUUGCGAUAAAUGUCUGAAAAAGGGUUUUUGUGUGUGUGUGUGUGUGUGUGUGUGUGUGUGUGUGUUUGUGUGUGUUUGUGUGUGUGUGUGUGUGUGUGUGUGUGUGUGUGUGUGUCUGUGUCUGUGUCUGUGUGUGUGUGUGUGUGUGUGUGUGUGUAAGCUAUAAAAAAAAUUGUUUGUUGCUUUUUGUGGUUAUUUGUAAUAAAUAUAGGAUCGGAUCAGC